AUGUACUCCAACCAGGAAACGGAUCAAAAUUAUGCCUAUCAACUGCAUCAACAGCAGCUGCUACAGCAGCAACAGCAACAACAACAGCAUAGACCUACAAAUCAAGCUUCUCAGCAAGAGUUCGCAUCACAACAACAACAAUACCAACAACAACAUCAACAACAGUUCAACAGUAUUCCAAAUAUUCCACCGCCUCCAGAGCACUACAGUACGUACGGAUCGUCUCCAUCGAACAGCCUGUACAGCUCGUCUCCCUUUACGGAGCAACAAAAUGUUAUGAGUUCUUCCCAACCACCGUCCAGUCCACAGCGCAGUAUUCGUAGCAAUCUGGUUCCUGUCCCAACAGGAAACUCGCUGAAAAACGCUUCUAAGCAAGGUGGGGGAGUAUUUUCAUUGGCAAACCCAAUGUCGAGUAAUAGCAAUAUUAAUCAGCAAUCGUCGUUCAGAAAUAGUCUGGUGGAUAAUUUGGAUAACAAUCGAUUGUCUACCAUUUCUCAAGGACGACCACAAAACAUGACAGACUACGUUUAUUUUGAAAGAAGACCAGACCUUCUGUCUAAAUCAGCACAAGAUCGUGCCGCUGCCAUCAAGUUGAAGCUAGAACAUUUCUAUAAAAUGAGUAUCGAUCACGCCAUUGAGAGAAACCAAAGGAGGGUGGAUUUGGAGUAUCGUCUUGCCAAUGAAGAGGGAUCAACUGAACGUAAAAACAGAGAAUUGCAUAACUUGGGAAAGAAAGAGUCUCAGUUCUUAAGAUUACGUAGAACUAGACUUUCUUUGGAUGAUUUCACCACGGUCAAAGUUAUCGGUAAAGGUGCCUUUGGUGAGGUAAGAUUAGUACAGAAAAAGGAUACAGGAACCAUAUAUGCUAUGAAGACCAUUCUAAAGUCCGAAAUGUUCGAAAGAGAACAGCUUGCUCAUGUCAAGGCUGAAAGAGACGUACUGGCAGUAUCCGACUCCCCUUGGGUCGUUUCAUUGUACUAUUCAUUCCAGGACUCCUUGUAUCUUUAUUUAAUCAUGGAAUAUCUGCCCGGAGGCGAUUUGAUGUCGCAACUUAUCAAUUGGCAGAUAUUUACAGAGGACAUUACUCGAUUCUACAUGGCUGAAUGUGUUCUCGCCAUCGAAGCUAUUCAUAAGCUGGGAUUUAUUCACAGAGAUAUCAAACCUGACAAUAUAUUGAUCGACAUAAGAGGGCAUAUUAAAUUGGCUGAUUUUGGUCUCUCUACCGGAUUCCAUAAGACGCAUGAUUCAAAAUAUUAUAAACAGUUGUUAGAGAAAGAUCCUUUGCCACAACCUCCAGUAUCCAAUGGAGGGAGAAAUUCUAUGAUGGUAGAUGCUAUUCACCUGACCAUGUCCAAGAGACAGCAAAUGCAAACAUGGAGACGUUCAAGAAGGUUGAUGGCAUAUUCCACUGUGGGAACCCCCGAUUACAUUGCACCAGAAAUAUUCAUCAAUCAAGGUUAUGGACAAGAAUGUGAUUGGUGGUCGCUUGGUGCCAUUAUGUUUGAAUGUUUGGUGGGAUGGCCUCCGUUUUGUUCUGACACUCCUCAAGAAACUUAUAAAAAAAUUCUUCACUGGCAAGAGACUCUUUAUUUUCCUGAUGAUAUUCACUUGAGUCCCGAAAGUGUUGAUCUUAUUAGAAGACUGUUGACCUCGGCGGAUCACCGUCUAGGUAGAUACGGGGGUGCUGACGAGAUAAAAUCGCAUCCUUUCUUCAGAGGUGUCAAUUGGGACACCAUCAGACAAGUUGAUGCUCCAUUCGUUCCAAGGUUGAAAUCAAUUACAGAUAUUCGGUACUUUCCUGCGGAUGACUUGGAGAAUGUUCCUGAUUCUCCUGCCAUGGCUAACGCUGCUAAGCAUAGAGAUCGUUUAGCAAAGCAGGGUAAGACUGAAGGAAACUCAAAAGAAGACCUACCAUUCAUUGGUUAUACUUAUAGCCGUUUCGAUUAUUUAACUAGGAAGAAUGCUUUGUAG